AUGGUUCAUUACUUCCCCUUUUACCCACCACCCUCCGACCAACCUCCCUUUCCUGCUCCACCGCAUUACCCGGUUCAAUCGCCGCCUCCUUCCCACAGUUUUCCUCCACCUCCACCGUCUUCUCGUCCCCAUCAGCCACCGCCGCCUCCUUCCCACUUUGUUCCUCCAUCUCCAUCUCAUCCCCAUUUCCCACCGCCACCAUAUCCUCUUCCCCAUCAUCCACCGCCUCCACCUCACGUUCUUCCACCACCACCACCGGGGCACCAUUCAACUGUUAUCAUUGUGAUUGUUAUCUCUCUUGGCAGUUUAUUUUUUCUUGCGUUCCUCGCUGCUGCUCUCUUCUGCUAUCUUAAGAAAAGAAGAGUGUCUUCUCUGAAGACUGAAAUCACCAUGUUUGAUGAACACGUCAAAGUCCAACAAGUCAUAGUGCCAGGACCCCAUGGCGAACCAACGAGAGUGGUAAUGCUUGAAGAAGACAUUCAUUUGGAAGGGGAUAUUCUAAAGACCGAAAAGCUUAGCCGAGCUCAUCGGGUUAAUUCAGAGCCCAAUCAUCACCUUAUUGAGCACAAUGCCUAAAUCAAAAAAGAGAUGUGGGAGGCCAAAAUGUAAUCAAUCAUCUAUAU